AUGAAAUUAAACAAAAUUGAUGACGUGUAUCCAUCCUCAAUCUUCUCUGUUCUCGUUCCUUCGGGGCUGAAUAGUCCAAAACCUCAGAUACUUAAACUCCAAAUCCAAGCCAAUCCUCGUUUUCAUCCUUCCGACCCGUGCGAUUCUACAGCAAGGAAUAUAGGAUUCGGACCAGAGUCUGCAGCUGCGCCCACGAUCACGCAGGAAUUUCGUACCCCACCAAGAAGGCUUAUAUCGUCUCUUGACGUCGUUGGUUCAAAGCGUGAUGAUGGCUUGGAGAGCUUAUACUACGUGAUUGCGAAACAGAGUACCCACCUAGCAUUCACGACAACCUCUACCUCACCCUGCCAGUUAGCGAAAACUUUGGCAACGAAGGGUUCGGGUCUCUGGUUAGAAAGUACAAUUGAUGCUUGCUACAUGGAUGCUCACAGCAGGGGAAAUGGUUUUCUGGGCGAUUAG